AUGCCGAGCACAGUCAAAACUCCAAGGAGUGUCCGAAAGGUAGAGAAGAAGGAAUCCGAAGAACUAAGGGAGGCGAGCCAACGACUUACGAAGAGCGAGAGCAAGAAACCUCGUCAUGCCUCCAAGGCAGACGAUGCUGCUGAUCUCAAGGGGCUACGGCUAGCAGCGAAGAAUGAGGCUAGAAUGAACGGGCACCACAAAGGGCAUGAAGACGCUCAGAUGAACGGGAUUGACCCAAAGAGUAGCAAAGCAAUAGAGAAAGAGAAAGAGAAAGAGACAAAAGAGGACAAGAGAGACAGGAUCAAAGUUCACCUCUCUCGCUUUGUAGAAUACCUGCCUAAGGCAAUUAACGCCAUGGCGUACAACCCCAUCGAGAACAUCCUAGCUGUGGCGAGGAGCAACGGGGACAUUCAGCUGUGGAGGACGACGAUGCCGAGAUGGCACCCCAUCGGAGUUUGCGUGGGAUCGGGAGGCUCGCAGAUCCGGAGCCUGUGCUGGGCAAACAAGGACGAGUCGGCGAUGCGGCUAUUCAGCGCUUCUCUGGAUGGGAGUAUUAUGGAGUGGUCGAUGAAGACCCUGGCUCCGAUCGUAGUCAACGACUCUCAUGGAGGGUCGAUCUGCAACUACUCCAUUCAGUUCAAGGGUUGCUGCAGACUCUCAACGCUUGUCAACAACGCGGGCUCGUACUGGCAAGAGCGGGCGAUGAUCCAGCUGGCAAACAAGCUCCCCAACGAGAGCCCCAUGAUUGCCCGAGUCAUGCAGGUCGAGGCCUACGCUGGACAGACUAUGUCAUUCAAGAUUCAAGCAUUUCAGUUCGAAGUUUUCUCCGCGGGUAUCGACGGUCGUGUGGUCCACUACAGGCGCAUCAUCGAGGCAGCAGACGCAGACGAAACAAGUCCAGCUGUCUUCAGCUGGGUUGUUGCUGGAGCCUCCCGCUUUCACACACACGACAUCCGCUGCCUGUGCCUGGCCGGAUCGUUCUUCGCUCCCUCCUCCAAGGACAUCAACGGCAAGUAUGUCCCCACAGCCGACCCCUCACACCCGCAUGCUCGGGAGGCGGCAAAGCUCGACUACAGCCGGCUGCAUCGAUGCAUUGUGAGCGGAGGGGUGGACACUCAGAUGUGUCUGUACACCUACGAGCACUACGAUCACAACAAGACCGUCAAGCUCGCCCUCGGGAAGGGCAAGACAGCCAACGCCAUCAUGGCAUCCAUCCGCCUUCCUCCUUGGCCAGCCCAGCCGUGUGUGGCAGUGAGCGGGAGGGUGACGGUGAAGGAGGGAGAGAAUGGGAGGAGCGGGGAGGGGGGGCACAAACAUCAAGAAGUGAGGAUGUUGUCAUGGCAGUCAGACGGACUUGACAUGUGGAGAUGGGAGGUGACGUCUCGGGGAUCCGUCGGCUCUGACCGCGAGUGGGUCGAGGAGCCAAAGUAUGCACUCAGAAUCAACACGCUUGCCAACGACAACAUCUCUUGCGCCUCCAUCUCUUCCGACGGCCGCAGGGUGGCAUGUGGACACAACUCUCGAUUGUCGCUCUAUGACGUCAGGACCAUCCAUGGCUCCCUCGACGUUCGGAAGCUGAAGCUCCCCAAGAAAGUUGGGGAGAGAGGAGCGCAGGCUGUUCAAUUCCUCCCCGACUCCACUCGGCUCGUCGUUGUUCAGAGCUCUGGAGAUGUCUGCAUGUUGGACGUGAACACUCUGGAGAUCAUAAGAAAGUUCUCCUCUUCUUCUUCUUCAUCAUCAUCGUGCGAGCAAGCUGGGAUCGUAAAGAUGGCACUUAAUGCCGAGGGGACGUGGAUGGCAACAUGCGAUCUGGGAGGAAGAAUCAAAGUCUGGUCACUAGCUGAGGAGGAGGAGGACGACGACGAGGUGAAGCCCGUUGAGGUUUCGAACCUCUCCGGUGGGGUGACGGCGUUGCGAUUUCUUCCUGAGAACGCAGCUGUAAAGGUGAGGAACGAGGAAGAAGAGAAGGGACGAGAGAGGCAGGAGAGCAGACGAGGACGAGGCGAGGACGAGGACGAGGACGAGGACGAGGACGAGGACGAGGACGAGGACGAGGACGAGGACGAGGACGAGGAGGUGGAGGUGGAGGACAAGGAGCAGCAGCAUUUGGUGGACAUGAAGAAGAAAAUAACGUGCUCGCAGGACUCUCUCGUCAUCGCAACCUCCGACAACAAGGUUUUUCUCUACGAUUUAAAAGAUCAGGCGCUCACCAACAUCAAUGACGGACAUGCGGGAAAGAGAGGGAACUACUUCUCCGGGUACUCUCAUUCUUGCACUGGAAUUACCUUCAAUCCAACCCAACCCAACAGUAUGAUCCUGUGGGGGCACUCCUUCCUGUGCCAUGUGGAUCUCGACAAGCAGCAGCAGCAGCAGCAGCAGCAGCAUGCAGCCGCACAGGAGGAGGCUGCUCCCUCCAAGAACUCACAGAAGUCAAGAAAGCGCAAUAGGUCGGACUACGAGCAUGGGGAUAGAGAAGGAGACUACGGGCACCUCGACAACUUUAAGAUCAUCAGGAAAUACGGACCUCUGCUGUCAGCCGAAUUCCUCAGCGGUCACAAUCUUCUAUUGGUGGAAAGGCCCUGGCUGCAAGUUCUUCCUCGUCUGGGAGGUACCCUAGCAAGGAAGCGAUUCGGAAAGUAG